AUGACGAAAGAACCUCUCGUGGAAAAAGAAGAAGAAGAACGCGGGCUUUCGUUUUCUCUCGGUCGCUUUCCCGGCGCCAAAAACAGAGGCUUAAUCGCUUCCUCUUCUUCUUCUUUAACACAAGGCUCGGUCGUUUUUCAAUCGGUCCCGUAUGCGGCGGUUCUCCGAGACGACGGGCUCCACGAACGCGACCACUUCACGUUCGAGAAGUCGAAGGAUCACUUUAACGUGAACAACAGUAACGUGAACAACAACUCAUCAGAGUCGCCACGGCAACAACAACAACAACAACAAAAUCGACAACAACAGUUGCAACGGUGUUCGGCGACCAAAUUUGCGAGAUAUUUUUCGAGGGAGAACCAGUUGAAAGAUUGGGAAGACGGCUACGAUAAAGAAACGAAAGCGCUGAAGAGUUGUCAGUUGCGAGCGCCAAAGGCAAUGGUACGGUUGGCGAGUAAAAUCGUGUGGCGAAUGCAACGAGAGAGGAAGAACGAAACGAAUACUAAUGAGAACAAGAACAACGCGGAGAACGAAGUACCCGCGAGCGAAGAGAAAUCAAGGAAGACGAAACGAACCGCUCUCGCGGCUCCGACCGGGCGAUUGUACGACGACGAAGGGAAGACGGAACAGUUGGGAUUAGGCAGAGGGUACUCGACUGUCUUCGACCAGUUAACGCACGGUGAAGAGUCGAAGACGUUUGGUUUGAACAACCCGAGCGAUUACACUUUAGCGGCGAUGACGAGAGCGUAUUUGACGCACUCUUUGAACGUGGACGAUAGCGUGGUAUCGGACGAGGAGAGAGCGGAGAGGUACGAGAGAGAAUACGAGGACAUACCGUCGGUGGCGGAUUUAGCAAAACUAAUUGGUAAGUUGCGUUUGAAUUGCCACACGUUGUGCGACGAUGAGUUGCGACCGUAUGGGAUUGGCGUCUAUCCAGUGGCGGCGAUGAUGAAUCAUUCGGAAAAUCCAAACUGUUUCGCGACUUUUAGAGGCAAGAAGAUGAUUGUCCGAUGUUUGCGAGACGUGUUGCCGGGCGAAGAGUUGACGAUUUCGUACGACGAAUUAAUGAAACCAAAGCGAGAGAGGGCGAAAUCGUUAAAGUCGAACUACGGGUUUGAUUUACAUGAUGACGGGGAGGAGGAGGAGGAGGGGCAGGAAGAUCUUUUGCCUCUUUCCGAAAUUCCUUUGAUUGGCGGACAUAAGUUGCGCGCGUUGUCUCGUGCGCCGAAAUACACCGACGAAGACGAAGAAAGGAGCUGGUUUCAAGUCGAGCGCGCGUCUGGUGGUAUCGUCGACGGUGGAUGCCACAUAUAUCGACUCUUUGGGGAAGAAAGCGGUGGAUUCUUUGAAGACAACAGCGCGUUGGCGAGCUUCAACUUGGAAGAGAGCGUCGAUGAAGACUACGACGACGACGACGAAGGUGAUGACGGGGAAAACGAUGAAGAUAAAGAGAAGGAUAAAGAAGAAACAGAAACAAACGGCGAUUUAUCGAAGGACCCUGAAUUUGCGGGUCAGAAGACGUACGGUCAGUCGAACAAAAGUAAAAAGAGUAACAAAAAGAAGACGCGAUUGAUUGUCGAAACGUGGGGCGAUUGUAAAAACGUCGUCGUUGCUGAAAUUGCCGAACGGUUUUGUCAGGCGUUUGAACUGGUAGAAAAGUUAAGCUCGACGUCUUCGGGAGAUGUUUCCGAUGGCAGCUCGUUAAACCGCGCUUGGGAUCGAUUUAAUAGUUUAACCGAUACAAGAUCGGCGCUGUUUGGCGCUUCCGUUGGCAUUGCGCGAGGACACCACUUGCGUGUCAAGGCGUUGGAGUCGUUCAUGAACGCCGCGGUUCUUUUCGAAGAUUGGAAGAUAGCGUUUGACUGCGGCACGGAGCUCACACCAUCUUUCGAAAAGUAUUACCCGAAUCACCAUCCGCAAAUCGCCGUUCAUAACGUCGCCGUCCUGAAAUUGCUGUUGGAGCGUCUCAUGGCGGAUACGUACGCCGUUGGAGCGCGUUUGAGCGCACCUGCGAGUAUCAUCGAGAGCCUCGACGAGAUUAAAGAAAAAGCAAAGGAGCUAGCUUCGGGAGUUUCCAGAGUUGUCGGCGAAGAUAGCACCGUCGUCGAGCAAUUGGUAGAGGCGAUGCACACGUGCAAAAUGAUGCGAGAGCAGGUUUUAAAAGAGGCGGAUUCCCUUUGUUCGUCGGAUGACGACGCUUUCUGA